AUGUGCCUUCUUGUCAUUUAAAGUCACGACCUCGUCCGCUGUGGUUUAUUAUAAAUAUUGCGUUUCAUCUUACUAAGAUACAAAAUGAAUUUAAGGUGUAAAAAACUUGAAUAUGUUUUAACACUUCUUGUUUUAGUUUCUCGGAAUACUGGUGAGGAUAUCACAAAGAAUGAAGCACUUAACGCGGAGUUUAUUGAUCCUCUAAUAGAAGAACAAAGUACUAAGCUAUGGAACGCAACAACUGGUGAAUUUAAUACGUUACUGGAUAAAUACAGCGAUAACUGCAAACCUCUGCAAUAUCACACACCAGACUUCAGAGCAGAAGGACGUCGAAUUAGUGAAGUUAAAUGCAUGGAACAUAUCUGGAGAAUACGAUACGAUAUCGAAGAACGGCUGAGAGAGUUCGCGUCAUGUCCUAAUCGGUUCAUCAUCGAGCCCAUUGUCAUUGGAGGUAAAAAUGCUGAAGUUGGAGAGAUUCCUCAUAUGGCAGCUAUCGGUUGGCGAGGUACUGGCUCUACGACAUGGAUAUUCAAAUGUGGUGGAGUCCUAAUCAGUGAAAAGUUUGUGCUCACCGCUGCCCAUUGCUCGAAAGUGUCUUCGCGUGAUACUACUGUUGCUGACGUUUCACCUAAAGUGGUUCGAUUUGCUGUUAAUAUUUUAGGCUGGGAUAGAAAUGGCUUUCCGCCAAAAGAUGUACGGAUUUCUAGAAUUAUCGUUCAUGAUAAAUAUCAUGCUCCUAAAACAUACUACGAUAUAGCUCUGAUAGAAUUGAAUAAAGAUGUCAUAUUCACUCGCAGUUUCCAUCCUGCUUGUUUGUGGACCAAAGACAGUGAAAUAUCGGGUAAAGCGAUUGUCGCCGGUUGGGGAGUAGUUGAUACGGCAAGUCGUCGAACAUCGUCCAUAUUACAAGUAGCCGCAGUGGAUAUGGUGCCAUCAGAUGAAUGUAAUGAUACAUUGAAAAGCAGACGCAACAGGAAUUGGAGGGAAGGCCUCGCUUCUCACCAGAUAUGUGCUGGCCACACCCCAGGUGGAAUUGAUGCUUGUCAGGGAGAUUCCGGAGGUCCAUUACACAUUAAAUUUCAAAUGCCGAUACAUGUACAUUUUGAAUGGCGUAUGCAUUAUGUAGUGGGCGUGACGUCAUUUGGCUAUGGAUGCGCGCUGGCCAAUACACCCAGCGUUUUCUCAAAAGUAUCCCAUUUCAUUGACUGGAUUGAAAAUAUCGUUUGGGAAAAAGAUGUUAAUGCAACAUUGAACACGAAUAUCAAAAGGCAUUAGAUUAGACAAAUUAAAACUAAAGUAUAGUGUUGUAUUUUAUUACAAACUUUUAUUAUAGUUUUACUCAAAGUAUUAAGCGAUAAUCUGAUUAAAUGACUUACGUGUUUGAAAAUAGUUUACAAAUUAAAUAUACAAUUAAAACUC